AUGAACUCUAUUACUGGUGAAUGUUUGUGUGGGCAGAUCACUGUUUCGCUUACCAAAGAAGCAUUCGAAGCAACUGACAAAACUCUUGUAUGUCGGUGCAAGAACUGUCGUCAAUCUAGUGGCUCUCUAGGAUCAAUCAAUAUUAUUGUUCCCGAAUCGGCUGUUAAAAUCACUGGACAACCAAAACUUUACCGAGAUAGUAAUACAACUAGUGGAGCGCCACUUCAACGCGCUUUUUGUGGCAACUGUGGUAGUCCAAUUUAUUCAGCUUCACCCAAUAUGCCUGGUAUUCAGGCCGUUAAAUUAGGAUUAUUUGAUAAAAUUCCCAAACUAUCAGUGGAGCUGUUCUGUAAAGCAAGGCCUUCUUGGGAUAAACCAAUUGCUGAUGCACAUCAAUUUGAUACAGUGCCACCAAAACAAUCAUGA